CCGAAGAAUCGACCCACAGAUUCUCACAGUGAGGCUUUGAAUACGGUUCACUUUUUUCUUUCUCAACUUUGAUCAACAAACAGGUCUUGCGCGCGGCAUACCAAACACGAUUUAUAUAAAUAAAUCUUCAUUAUUGUGGACUACAUAAAGAGACUAUGAAUACGGACUGUCUCCUUUUUCUGUUAUGUGGAGUUUCCAUGUUUCCGUUCAUCAGCUGUUACAGUGAUGGAAGUUUAUUGGAAGACCAAUGUCAAGAAAUGAAUAUCAUUCAUAGUGAUGGAUCUGAUGAAAUACCAGCACAAAACACGGAAGCUCCUUUUAAUAUCACGCCAGAAGUGCAAACCUUCAACUAUUCUCAAAUGGGGUCCACCAUUACUGUGUCACUUACGGCCAUCAAUUCAGUGUCAUUUAUUGGUUUUAUGUUGGAUGCUCGUAAGUGUGAUAGCUGUCCACCUGCUGGUACUUUUAGUUUGGUUGACUUGAGCAGCACACUCCUGAUCUGUAAUAGCAGGGCUGUGAGUCACACUAAUAAUCUAGAUAAAACAUCCAUCACAGUGAAAUGGGUUGUUCCUGAGAAUGGAACAUUCUACUUCAGAGGUGCGUUCACUAAGGACUUCUUCACAUUUUGGCGAAGAAAGCCAAUAAUACUUCCGACGACUGCACCUACAUCUGUGGCCACUACAAUAAAAUCCACUUCAAGCCAAACAGUCCCAACAACAUUGCCUCCAACUUCAAAUACCAACUCUGCCCCAGUUCCAUCAACAUUGCCUCCUCAGUGUAUGGAUUAUGUGAGAUAUGUUUUAGCACUGUCACUUGUUAGUCGUCUGUGUUUUCUUGACUCCUCUCUCCUGGUAAUCUUCAGGCCGGUUUUAAAAAUGGUCACCAUGAUAUGCUCUGUCUUUGAACUAGCAUUCAAAAUGAUUGCUGUCAUCAUUGUACUGAUAAGAUCAAUUCAAUAUGUGUGUGUGUGUGAUUGUGCUGGUUUGGAGGAUGCAUUUCCUACUUUGACAGUGAUUGCAAUGGUGACAAGCUUGCUGCACACCAUCACUGUUUUCCUUCACUGUGGACCAAGUCAUGAGCUGAGGAAGUAUUGGCUGUGCAGCAUCAUAAUUGUGGACCUACUAAAUACUUGCAUUACAACUGCAAUAUUUGUUGGACUGCGGUGCUUUCAAGAGCACUGGCUUCUAAUUUUAAUGGUAGUUUUUGUCAUUUGGGAGAUCAUACUUUACUUCAGCUCACUUUGCUGUGACAAGAUGGAAAAAUACCAGAUAAGAAAUGGAAGAGAAAUUCAUAAUCAGAUUCUGGAAAAAAGGAUAUCAACAUGGAUCCUUGUGUUUAUCAUCUUCUCUGUGCUUAGUUUAAUGUUUACAAUUGCACUUAUUACAGGAGUCUUUUCAGAAAGAAUGAUAACGUUCUGAUCAAAAUAAUUUUGAUUUGUAAAAUGAUAGCAUUCUGUGUGUUUUAGCAUGGUUUUUGUUGUCAAAUUACUUUUAAUUUCUUAUCUGAAACUUUAUUGCCUUUUUAUUACACAUUAACUUUUUUCUUUGCACAAGAUAAGUGUGUUUAAAUGGUUUUAUUUAGAGGGAUUUUUUUGCAAGUUUAUAUAGUGCAUUUUAAAAGAGAUUUCCUUCUCAUUUCUUUAAAACCUGUGAGCUGUGUGACUGCUAAAAGCUGGUAAACAGAUGUGUAUCAUUUUAAAUGUUAUCAAAACUAAACUGUCUGUAAAUAAUCUGUAAAUAAUAAACUUCAUCUUGAUUCUAGUGUCUUGGUUAAUUUAAAAUGUUUAAGUGUUAGAGUUGGAGAAGGAGAUCUCAGAAAGAUGAUGAAUCAUUUGGCAGUUUUUAUUUUCAUAUGUUUUUGCAGCCUUUCAGAUAUGUGGAGAUAUUCACAUCUGUGA